AUGGCACGUCCAAAAUCAAUUCGCGCGCCUACGACCGCCAGUCUUCCAAAUAACCUGCGCAUCGCCUCCACCACGCCUUCGCUGGUCAAGGCCCUGGGGAAGCUAUCUCGCCAAUCGCUCCUGGAUAUUGUGUUCCAAUGGCUAGAUGACCGAAAUGUUAAGCUAUUCCCUCCUAUGUUAGAGGGCGACGAGGAGGAAACCCCCGACGACGAUGGCCUACGACCCUAUCCGACCGAGCACUCGCUGAACGACGUUCGCAAUGCAUAUCAAGAACUGCAAUUUAGAAAAGGCGGCAAGCGCGAGGUCAUUGAUCGCAUCUUGGACGGGGACUGGAGACAGGGGAUCACGCUACGACAGGUUGCUAUGGUCGACCUCCGAUACCUCGAUGACCACCCGUCAAGUUUGCGCUGGACGGCACUGGAGCUCGCGCGCCUCGGCGGCCCAAACACACAGGAUACACCCAUCGCAGAACUCUCAGCUAGUAUCCCGCGUGUACACUCGUCCACCUUUCUCAAAAAGCUCCAGGAGCAAAUAUCACCACUGGUGAAAGCGCACUUCUACCUCGCGCGCUCCACCACCCAACCCCUCACCUUCCUCCGCAUUUUCGUCACUCACACUCCGUACCAGAGUCUCCGCCAGGCACCGGAAACACUCACCGACUCGUCCAGAGUCAUGUACGUCGCAUUCCCAGAUAGCUGUCCAUAUAUAUACACAUCUCUCGCCUCGGCCGCCGGGUCCAACACAAACGCCAGCUCCGUCGUCGCAACAGACGCGCGAAGCCUCCAGCGCAUCGUCCGAGAUGCCAUACCAAAAGCCCUCUCCCUCCCUCACCAACGAUACACGCUCAAACCCACAUCCCUCACGGCAAAGAGCCUUCAGGCUCUUAUCUCCCUCCGCGGUCCAGGCCGCUCCACAAACGCCAACGGCGCAUUCAGCAUCUUCGCCGACGCCGUCCUCGAAGGAAGCCCCCUCGACCCACGGCCCUCCAACACCGUCCCCCCAGAAGAACACCAGAAACAAUCCCUCCCAGCUGCUAAAUUCGACCAAGAGAAGGAAAACAGUGUCCUAGACGGCAACGCCGACCACGACGCCGACCCCUCCCACCCAGCAAAACCCAACCCCCUCCGCCGCGCUAGAGAUAUCGACGCUGACCCGCGCGCGUCCAAAAAGCGCAAACUCGCCGUCCAGUCCCGUUUCGGAACGGCUGGAACCGCAAUGUCCUCUGCACCACUUGACCGUCUCGACGCUAGGCUCCUUGAUCCUCCUAACGACGAGGAUGAGGAUCGUGAUGCCGCCCGACCUACCCUCUCGCUUACAUUCACCGGGACAGAUGUGGUAUCUGGUAUCCGGCAGCUUGCGGAGCUGGGAAUCGUGAAUGCCGAGCGUAUGCCGUCGUGGAUGACGGGUGAAGAGGCCGUCAGUGUAGCGAUUGUGCGCAAGGGGAGGGUGAUUAAUGAUGGCGGAUGA